GUGGGUUCCGUGACGUCAUACCGGAAGUGGACGGUCACUGGCAGCUAACGGGGCGGCUGCAAAAGUGAAGUUAAAAAAAUAUCUUUCUUUUAUUGUUCAAAGGGAAACAUCUAGCCGAACAGCUAUGUGCACCUUUGAUAAGGACAAGGUGUCGAGGAGGCUGAUGAAAAAGGGAUUGUCUCUCAUCCUGGUGGGCCAUAUAAACUUCAUCCUUGGUGCUAUUGUCCAUGGCAAUGUCCUACGCCACAUUUCCAAACCCAGCCAACAAAUCACCACAGAAUACACAGCAACUAACAUCAUUUCCGUCACUUCAGGUCUGCUGAGCAUUGCCACUGGGAUUAUCGCCAUUGUGGUGUCACGGAACCUCCGCAUGGUUAGGAUGCAAAUAGGACUUCUGAUAGCCUCCUUCCUCAACGCGCUGCUCUCAGCAGCUUGCUGCGUGGGCCUGCUGGUGGCCAUCAGUGUGACGAUCGCUCACGACGGUCAGGGCCUGAUGCGAGGAUGUAACGACACUGAGGUGCCCGCUAACGCUCGCUCGCCUGUCAGCGCACGCUGCCCGUUUGACACCACACGAAUUUACGACACCACCUUGGCACUGUGGUUCCCCAGUGCUGUGAUGGCUGCAGCUGAGUGUGGCCUGUCUGUGUGGUGCUUCAUCGUAGGACUGACUCUCAGAGGCCUGCUGGCCUGUGGAGGCAACUACUUCAAAGAACAGAUGGAGGAACAGGCCGGGUGCUCACCUCAGAGCAGACGCCUGAUUGGCCAAAACGUGGUGAAUCCUGAUGCUUGACUGAACAAAGUGCUGGAAGUACACUCCAUAUGUAUAUUAUACAAUGAUAGUUUUUAUAUGACGUUUU